AUGCACUACUUUCAAUCACUAGUCGCCAAUCCGUCGGUGUCGGAUACCGACUCGACCGAGAUCCUAGACACGGAUUUCGAUUCCGACUCGAACGAAGACUAUUCUGAUAUCUCUCCGAAUCUUAGCGUUGGAUCUCUCGCGGGUGAUAGUGUCACAACUGCAUCAACGCCGACCGAUUCAAGUCCGGAAGAACCAAAAACUCCAGAUUCCACCGGUCUCACAGGAUUUCAUUUCGCUAUCGAUGAAAACCCAGUGAAGGGUCCUGUAGGUCCCCAUCUGUUCCGCAUUGGCUCGGAUGGAUCAGAACUUGGACAUUCUUUCGAAGUUGACUUGACUAUGGACGACUUUGGCUCCGCACCAGCCACGAUAUCACUUUAUAACCCAACCUCUACCCUCGAGCCCGACCGAGAAGACACACCAGUACCCAAAAACCCGACCCAGAAUGCCCUCACACUAUCUCAAGCUCAACCCUCUCGCUCACGACCGAACGAACGGGAGGUUUCGCACUGGUCCCCUCAGGAUGUCGUUCUAUGGUUGCAGAGUCAGGGUUUCGAAGAUUCGAUCGUGGAGAAAUUCUUUAUCAAUGAUAUCACGGGCGCCAUUCUACUUGAACUUCAAUCCGAAGAUUUAAAAGAGCUUGACAUACAGUCAUUUGGCAAGCGGCAUCGGGUUAUGGGCUGCAUCCGUCAACUUCGAACGAAAACAACUUCUGUCAUUUGUGAUGCUCCCCAAACCCAAGAAAAUUCGGAUCCGAUCUGCAGAGAAGACACGACAACACCCAAUUCUAUGGCAGCUCAAGUUGGUGUCGAAUGCUCAAGUCCUUCUCCUGUAGAUGAGAAAUCCAGAUCCAAGUCUGCUCAGCAACGGAGACGUCAUCGCAAGCGGCGCGAUGGUGUGGAUAUCGUUCCUGAAGACUCAGUCUCGAUCGUGGCCAUUGAACAGCUACUGCCCAGGCUCCACACAUGUUCAAAGGGGGAAAACUGUCGAAAAUGGCAAAAGCAGCAGGUCAAGCUCACUCGAAUGCUAAAUGAUCUUCCCAUUGAAGGCCUAGGUGGUUCUGUUGUCAUUGCAGGGGACCCCGGAAACGCGACUACAGCACAGAACAUGGCCAAAACUCCCAAGUCGGAAAUUACGCCUUCCAUUGUUGCGUCUUCAGAUGCUCUGGGUCAGAAUCAGAACUCCAAAUUCCAAUUGUCGCAAGACAAGCUCAAUGGGGUGCGGCCUCGCGACCCACAAGAGAAUGUACGCAACUUUCUCAAUUUCCAGCGCCUGAGUGAGCUUCAGCCGGUGACCAAUCCGUCCACUCCCCCUAUUGAGCAAUUGUCGCCUGCCACAAGUUCCCCACAGUCUGUUAAAGCCAAUGGCACUCUUUCCGAGAACCUUCGGCAUCUUCCAAGGCUUAGGAUUCCCAGUACACAUGCGUCGACAUCUACCCUUUCCCCCAAUUACUCUGCCCAACGCACCAUCACUCCCUCGAUAUUACGAAAGCACCAGGGCUUCUCUCAACAAAGCUCCGUUCGUUCAUCAGGAAUCCUUGAGGCGACUCUGUCACCGUCCGACUACUACAGAAUUGACCCUCACUACGAUCAAAGCACACCCUUCUCCGAGGUAGACAUUCCGCUUACUGCCAUCCCAGUAGGACCAGUGUCUCGGGGCGAAUCGCAGUCUGUACCUCCAAACAUGCGGUUCGGAGGACAAAUGCAUCAAGUUCCGGACUUGAUUCCCCGGCCUGCCUCAACCAAGGCAGAGAACGUCUGGAGGAAUGGCGUCAUCUGGAACAGCCGAAAUCAGCCAAAGCUAGGUCGACUUGAGGAACGGUCACCAUUGCCGCCAAUCGAUACCCCGGAGGAUAUGGAGAAAACACCCCGCGCUGCCCAUUGCAGGACUCCGUUCACACCCCAUGGACCUAACAAGGUUGCCCAUAGUGGGUGGAUGAAGAAGCGCAAAAACACGCGAUUCCUACGCCAUGACUGGGAAGACCACCACUUUACCCUGCGUGGCACGCAGCUGGCCAUGUAUUCCGACGAGGAAUCAUCAAGUCGAGAAUCAAAGGCCCUCGAGUACAUCGAUGUGGACGACUACGCUGUAGCGUGCUCGUCGUUUGCUUCCAGCUCGAAGUUGACUGCUGCAUUCAAGAAGACUGUUCUGAAGCGCAAGAAUGAGAUUCAGGGGGAGACUGCAUUCACCUUCUCGUUGAUCCCUUCUCCGACCAAUGGUAAUUUCGACAAGAGAAAUCUCUUCCUCAACGGCCCUAAAGCUCACUACUUCGCUGUCAAAACACGCGAUGAACGCAUCGAUUGGAUGAGGGAGUUGAUGCUUGCGAAGGCGCUCCGAAAAGGCCGCGAAAAUGGCACAUCUAUCCACCACAACGGGAACUUCAUUUGA